AUGGCUUGCGAGCGACACGGCUGCUCCUCGCUCUCUACAAUCUUAUCCCUGGCGUCCGUUGUUACACCUACUGCCACGCCGUUGUCCCAGAAGAGGAAGGGUUUGGCUUUUGCGGCAUUCAAGAAGAAUGCAGAUCCAGGUCCUAUAUGGGAAAAGCUAGCAGCGUGCAAGACUAGUACUAAGCUGAGGCUCGACGGCUCGUGCUUGGACGAAUGGCAGAAGAAGCUCCUCAUGCACACCGGAGACUACUUCGCUGCUAGAGCUACUCAGCAGACAGAAACGGGACCAAGCCACGAUUUCGGAAAGACAUGCGACCAUAAAGCGUCGCCUGGAUGA